AUGUCUACUUCUGUUGGUGGGUUUUUCUGGGUUUUCUCCCUUUUGUUAUUCCUCACUAGUCUCCAUGAAAUUAGAGCAAAUGGGUUCUUAGAAAAUGUCACGGCGGUGGAGGUUGCGGAGAUGGUGCCUCUAAUCGAACCGGGCAAGACAGAGAUGGUUUUGAUGUUGAACGAAACCCGGAGGAAGCUUGGGAGUUUUCAGAUUUGCUCACUUUGCACUUGCUGUGGAGGUGCCUCCAAAAGCUUCUGUUUGCCUUCUCCUUGUUGCUAUGCCAUCAAUUGUAACAUACCACACAGGCCAUUUGGUUAUUGCUCUUUCACUCCCAAGACCUGUAAUUGCUUUGGAUGCCAUCUCUAA